AUGACCGCGAAGCAAAAGCACAAAGUGCAAAAGCAAAAAUCCCACAUAGAUACGAACACCAAUACAGACAAUCCAACCAACCUCGACUCUACAAGCCAAAGACUCCAGAUAACCAAACCCCAUUCAUAUACGAAUAAAUAUCAGAAUGCCUUCCAGGCAAAAUUCACCUCUAAUAAACUAAAAAUAAUGUUCGUGAAUCAAAAAGGCUACACAGACUUUAAAGCUAUCUGUGUUAAAGAAAACAUAGAGUUCUGUCUUUACACCAUUGGCUGA